GGUUGCAGGUGACGUGUGCAGACGAGAGUUCUUAAGUUAUUAUUUCUAAGUUCUUUUUCUAAGUUAUUUUCCCACCGUAACUUGCCCACUUGCCGGCAUUGGGCUUACAGGAGAGUACACAUAGAUAUGGGUGAGGUUCAGGUGCCACCAGCAUUGUUGGAUGCUGUUGACAGUUUGAAAGAAGCUGUCAAGGCAGGACGAACUGAUAUCUUCAGGAAGUUGCUAGAUGCUUGUGAAACCUGUUAUGGUGGAGGUGAAGAAGAACGAAAGCAGUUGAUAAAUUCUCUUGCAACAGAAGAUGGAACGUUUCUACACAUGGCCACUAAGCUUGGCCGUGGGGAUAUCGUGAGAGCAUUGUUAGCUGCAGGUGCAGAUCCAGGAAUCCAAGAUAAUGAUGGAAACACUCCUCUACAAUUAGCCCCUACCCCCCCUAUCAUUGCCAUCUUCACAGAAGAGCUACUACGAGCAACAGCCCAGUCAGAUGUAGGCCGCGUGUGUCAGCUGGUUGCAGCAGGCCUUAGCAUCAACUCCCAUGAUAAUCCACUAAGCCGCAACACUCCCCUACACUGGGCUGCCUCCUUUGCUGACAUCGACACACUUACCUGCCUUUUAGCCCGUGGUGCAGAUGUCAAUGCUGCCAACAGCGAUGGUGCCACCCCCCUUCAUGAUGCUGUUGCACGAGGAAAUGAGGAGAUUGUGAGAAUCCUUCUUGACAAUGAUGCUAAUCCCCAUAUUCAGUGUUACAAAGGACGGCAUAAAGGGAAAACACCUUUUGAGAUGGCAUCAAGAAAGAUCCAGCUCCAGGAACUGAUGCAACAACAUGCUGCUGCUAUUGAGAGCAAGCCAGCCCACAGUAAUGCUACGACAAAUGGCAGCGUUUCACCCUUAAUAGGCCGUCGUUCAUUAGGAGAUCGGGGAAAGGUUUGUGAGCGCCUGGCAUCCACACAAAUUACAGCUCCUCCACGGCCUUUGGUUACCCAUAAUUCCCUUCAUUUGCUGUGGCCCCAACCUCGUCGUAUCACUGAGCUCACUGGGCCCAGUUGGUCGCCACCAACACAUGCCACAUUAGCCGUGUUAUCUGGAGCAGUACCUGUGCAUAGAAUUGUAGAUGUUUGGGAUAUACAUAAAUGCUGGCUGGAAGAAGUGGGUUGUCAUGUCAGCCUUGGAGCUGUUGUUGGUGCGAGAGACCCUCCAAGCUCUCAUACAUUCACGUGUGUGGUUGAUGAUGCUCUCACAGCUCAUCCUCAUCAAUACACACUCACCAUACUGGAUAAUAAAGUAAAGAUGGUUUGUGGAUCAGUAGAUAGCCUUCACAAUGCCCUAGUAACCCUGGUUCAGUUGCUACGGGUGUGUCGUCUGGGUGGAGAGGGCAACGAGAAAGGAGUUGUCCCACCGCUAGUCAUCACCGAUAGUCCCUCUCUGCCACACCGGGGUUUUAUGCUUGAUGUUGCACCUCAUGCUAGAGUUCCAACAUUAGAGCGGUUAUGCCAAAUAGUAGACUCUCUUCUUGCUAUAAAGAUGAAUCAGUUACACCUAUUAAUGCGUGUCUCACCAGUUGCCUGCAGUUUACCUUACUCUCCUAGUGAGGUUGUGUCAUUAGACCGUUACUGCAAGGAUCGUGGCAUUACUUUGGUACCAGCCUUUGAUGUAGAGGGUUCAGUACCUACAGGGCAACUUGGUGCCAUCACAGCUAUAGUUAGUGCAACACUCACUCACUUCCCUUCAGCUCGCUAUGUUCAUAUUGGCCCCAGAUUGACCUCGCUGCUAGCUGAUGCCAGUACAGCUGCCUCACCUGAGCCGGGUCUUUCCUUUAUCCGCAUGUCCCCUUGGACACAGCUGGGUCUGGCUCCAUCAGCUGUGCUCUUAGUUUGUGCCAAUGUAUUCCACAAUAAGAGCCGGGAAUUAGCGUGCCUUCCGCCAACUACUAUUCUUGUAGAAUAUGGCUUCCAGGCUGACUACGAUUUUUCACGUGGAGUUCAGCUUGCGCUAGAGAAUGGACGCCCAUUAGCUGUUUGCCCAGGUACUGCUGCGUGGAGUAGUUUAAGUGGGUGGCCAGAAGCUGGUGUGAGUAAUGUGUACAGUGGUGUGGUGAGUGGAGUAGACGGAGGAGCUGGAGGAGUGGUGGUUGCUCACUGGUCGAGCAGCGCAGCCCUCACGCCACUUGUCUUCGCCUGGCCACCUAUUUUGGUUUCUGCUGGUUUGGCAUGGAACCAUAACACACACUGGGAUUAUGUACAUUCAUCAGUGGGAGCCUUAGUGGAUACUCAUCUUGUUCGUGUACCUGGGUGUGGUUUGGGAGCGGCCCUAGUUGAGCUGGGACGAUGUGAGACGUGGGUGACUCGCAUGGCCAGGGGUCAGUCUCCCUCAGACGUUGUUGAUCUGCCUUCCUCCUCUCCUGGUUCAGCACUGUAUCAGCUGUUAGCAGAUCCUGAUUCUCUCUCCCUUGAAUUCCUGUCUCCUGAGGUGUUUACGAGUGUAAUGAGGCAUGUCCGUCGUGCUGUGCGUGAGGGAGCGAACCUCUCAGGAAGAACUUCUCCAUCAGCAGUAAAUGGUGUGGUGCCCUUAGGUGUUGGCCAUGCUACUGCUGCCUCGCCAUGGCCUAUGUCUACUCUUGUUACCUUAGAACUUCAUCUGGCCAUGGAUAUGAUUCUUACAGCCUGCAGACUGGGACGGGCCCUUGUGUCAGUGGGCACAAAUCCACGGAGCAACAUGGGAGUUGCUGUGGUUAAUCCAGGAGUUGGUAAUUUGCCACCAACGAUACGAACUGAUCUAGCUAAUAAGGUCUUGGCAUUGCGUGAAGUGUACAGUUCGGUAUGGAUGCAAGGCCAGCAAGCUGUUGGUCUCCAGUCCUCACUGCUGGUGCUCACUUCCUUGCUUGCUCGCCUUCUGCCCGACCACUCCCUGCAUCCUUCAUGAGGCAGGCCAUCAAUGUGGCGUUGAUCCUUGACAGAGGAGCUCCUGAUGUGAUAGUCUCUCCAUAAGUAAUGCCAGCCCUGUAUGAUACACUCUGGCUGGAGAUGUUUUAUUGUCCUGUUUACCUGCUAUAUUUGUUAUCUCAGAAAUUUGUUGCUACUGUUUGUAUGCAGUAUUGUGAAUUAUUUUAUUUAUUAUUAUUAUUUUUUUUAUUGGAUUUUGAUGUACAUUUGUUUUGAGUGGACAGAGGUGAAUAAUUAACCAACAGAGGUUGGACUUUUUGUUUGUGUUUGUGUGUGUGUGUAUGCACUUGCGUGUGCAUGUACACUUGUAGAUCUGUCCAUGGCUGUGGGGAGAAAGAUGGGUGCGUAUUGAUGUGUCUGUGAAGAAUGAUGUUUUCUCUAAUGGAAGGUGUUAGUUCAUUGCCUUGGAUGGUCAACCAGUCUUUCAAUGAUGGUAGUCUUGUAAGUCAUAUAAGGAAAAUUGUUGGUUUGAAUAGAAUUUCCUAUCAGUACCAGGGCUUGAUAUUCUAAUGAAUGCCUUCAGUAGUCAGCUGUCUUUUGAGUUUGUUGAAUAAUAGCAUAUGUGAUAUUUAGAUUUUAAAAGUUGACAUGAGUUUUUUGAGCACAAGGAAACAUCAGUAUUACAAGCUCCUUCAAUAUCAGAAUGGAAAAAAAAAGUUAAAAAUGAGAGAAGGGAAGGAAGGAAGAACCGUAACCAAAUCAGCUUUUGAUAUUUAUGUUUUCAGUACAAAAGUACAAGCACGAUUAUUCCUGUGAUAAUCUCAAUUAUACAUACAUAAUUAAGCCACGUUGCAGAGCUUCAGAGUUUCUCAGCAACGUUGUAAACUUCACGAGGUGAGGAAUCAAAGACUUUUUAUACAAUAUAUCAUUAAAUUAUUUAUGAAGGCUUUGGCUCUUAUACCUCUGAUGGUGAUUGUGAAUCCAGUUGAUAUCAUUGCAAGCUAAGAGGAGUGAAAGCACAAGGUUUAUAUGCUAGUGUUUUUAUGUCUGUUUCCUGUUAACACUGCCUGAUUUAAAGAGGAAGGCAUUUACCAUAUGGAGGCUGUGAUUUUGUCCUAUGCAGCACAUAUCUUUAUUUUGCUUGAAGAUCUGGAAUUGAGUUGAAGUCUAGUGCAGGAAUCUGUCUUUCGUCUCCAUUACAUUCCAGACAUAGUAUGUGUAUAUACAUAUGUAUAUAUGUGUGUGUGUGUGUGUGUAUAUAUAUAUGUAUAUAUUUAUAUAAUGGGUGU